AUGUACAACGGGUCACUUCCCUUUGUUUUCGAGGACCGUACCGGUCAGCUCUACGGAUCAGACUUUGACGAAAUGUAUGACCGAAUGUUCUAUCGUGUUGCUCGCGAUCCGCAAAGGACUGCGACGAUGGUAUACAACAUGGGUCGACGGGCAAGCCGACAUCGCGAUUCGUUGCCCUUUAAUAGCCGUCCGAUCGCUAUUCUCGACUUCAAACCCGACCAGUCGUUGGGUAAUAUAUGUUAUGCAAGUAACGGGAACGUUGCCGUACCCAUGAACCGUUAUCUGAGGAGGACGUCAAUGUUUGGAGGGUCGUUAUCAAGGAAAUUCACGGGGUCUGAUGGGAGAGAGUAUAAGUGGAGUCAUAGAAGCAUACAAGGACAAGAAUGGACUUGCACCACCGGCCCAGAAAACUUUCUUGUAGCACACUUUGAUCUAAAAGCAGCAGACGUCCCAGCUUACGAUGUGUCGGGGAACACGUUGACGAUUUUUGAGCAAUUCAUUCAUAUUUCUGUCGAAAUUUUAGCUUCUUUGACUAUCAUGCGCCAUAUCGCCCAGCAUAAUCUUUGA